AUGUCUGGCAGUAACAUCGACCCCGAUCCGAUGAAGUGUCGGUGGUUUUGUCACGAUACGGCGGUGACACUGUGCGGUUGGAGAACCCGGCUGGCUUCAACCCCUGCCUCGCGGCAGCUGCAGCGCAGCCAGGACGAGGCCUUUGAGCGCAGGCCUGUGCCUGCAGAACGUGGCGCCUCUCGGGUGGCACCAGGCCGCACAGCGCCCGAGUUCGGCCGGACCCAGCGCCCUUGGCCUCUGUCUUCAGGUUCUGAGUUCGGAGAGGGUUUCCAGAUUUCCUCCAGUCCUUAUAAGCACCAUUGUAAGGUGAUCUCAAACUCAGAAAAAAAGGGAUUUAAUUCUCAAUCAAAGUGAUUUCAGUAUAACCAGAGUGAAAAUCCAGGCCCAGGAUUCUAUAACGUCACUCAUCAGUCUCCAGGGAUCAACAGCACUUCAUUGUCAAAGAAAGGAACUGGAUACUUUCCGUCACUGGUUCCACGCACUGCACGCAAGAAAAUCUCCAGCUAUCCAGCUGCGAAUGCCUACAACAGCCUAUCAUAUUUUCAGUCCAGACGAGACUUUAGCGUGGGAAACUCUAGGGUGUUUCAACAACCUGUUUCUAGGAAGACUGAGAAAAUCCCUACUCCAGCCCCCAAUCAAUACCAUGUAAGGAGAUUUGGAAGGGAAGACAAGGCAGGCAGCAGGGCACAGCUAACAUGUAAUGCUGGUGAAGUCAUGUUUGAUGUUCCAGGUGAUGCUAUGAAGUUCCAGAAAACACAGGAACUAGCUGUAACCGAGCUAGUUUGGGUACAGCUCUCAAGUUGCAUCAUUAGAAUCAUUCAUGAUGGAGACAACUGGAUUUUAAAUACAUCUAUGGAUUUCUGCAAGCAAAGCAACAAUGUUUCUGCCCAUGCAGUCUUUGUGUCCCAAACCACAAGAGGAUUAAAUUUGGAAAAAAUUGGAAAAUGGCCUUCUCCAUGUCACUACAACAUCAGCGAUUCCCUCACCAAGGUGUCUCCCAAGGGUAUAACACCUUGCUUCAAGUCAAAGACCUCCCGCCUGACAAGGACAGACAGAAUUACCGCAGAGCACACAAUCUAUCAGCCACAUAAACCCACCAGGGAAGCAAAGAAAACUCCUUUCAAUCAGAAAUUCUGCUUGAUGCUCUGUGCUCCAGCAAUCCCACCUUGUAAAGAUCCACCUUUUCCUGGACCUGGGCAGUACAACCUCGUGGAUUACAGAGGAUCUCCAAAGCAAAACUGCUCAAGUGCUGUGUUUGUCUCAAACACAGAGCAAUGGAUGGGGAGUGGAUCACAGGAAGGGUUCCCUGGACCAGGUAAAAAUAAGAAUUAUUCUGAAGUACUUCUUACUGCUAGAGAUGUGAGACCCACAAAUGUGACUAAACAGCACUAUUGCCCAUUCAACAGGAAGGAAACAAAGCACAGAAAUUGGAGAGCCCACCUUCAAAGGCAUAUAGACACUUGAAGACACACCAUUUCUGAAAGGCACCUUACUCAGUAGUACGUGUCACGUAGGAUCUUUUGUAAAUUGAGACAGUAGGUUUAUGAUGAGCACCAAGCAGCUAAAUCCUUUUGAGAUCAGAGCAUAGUGUCCCCUGCUACCUUUCACUGGUCUAGUAUUGAAAAUCUGGGCUAAAUUGAUCUCUAUUGCACAACAGCAACAUGGCAGAAGCAGGACUAGAGUCCUAACUACCAGCGCUAUAACCAACUUGCUGUUCCAUAUUUUACAGUAUUAUUUUUUUAAAGGCAAGAUAGAAAAAUUCAUGUUUUCAAAGUAAAGGCCAUUAAAAUAUCUCCAGCUGUCAGUGCAUUUGACAAACAGGUUCUGUGAGUUACAGUGCGUGUGUAAAACUACCACAUAAUUCUGGCUGUUGGUGCAACAGACAUUUCACCUGCAAUACUCUUCUGUUCAGUUGGGAGAGAAGAGCACUUGGAACAAGAGAACAGGAAAGAAACAACAUCCUCUUAAGCUAGAGAAAGCCUCCAUGCCCCAGCUGGAGAGCAACAUUACGCAGCACCUCAGCACAGUGUCUUUGAUUUUAUAACCCUCUGGCUGUUCUGUCCUCGGCAGGAUUUGCCAGAAUUUUCCUGAUCUAAACUUGAGUAAAACAAGAAAAGAAACAUGCCCAGUAGCUUGUAAUCAGGAAACAUAUGGUGAAGGGUUAGGAGGGACACACCGCCAUUGAGGAAUGGGUUAAACACACCAGGCUGACUUCCAGCAACAUGCAUGGGUACAAUUGCCACCAGUCUGUCCGGCCAGGACCAAUGGGCCCUGCCUCACCCCUGCCAGCAGUGCUUGCAGUGGGAGUUGUUCCUCAAUGGCAAAGGGACGGCUUGCACGAGGAAGCACGCCCGAAUUUUGACCCUCUGACAUUAGCGCUGAUAAGGGAGGCAGAUACAGGGACAAAUCCUGCUGCAGUCUCCUUCUGCAGAGUAGAUCUUUCAUACACAGGUAGGGAGCUAGUCACGGGGCGAAGGUAGAGCUCAGCUCAGCCUGGGUGGAACGUAUCCCGUUGGCUGAUACGUUUCUAGGCAUGAGUAACAUUAUUUUUUUCAGUUAAGACUCAUACUUCUUGCCCUGUUUAUGUCUUCUAACAUUCUAAAGUUCUUCUAGGUGGUUACCAAAGGUCUGGAAAAGCAGUCAAUAGCAAUACUGCUGUUAUUUCUAACAUAUGAACUUUCCCAGAUACAGAAUUCGUACCAGACACAGAGAGCAAGAGAACAUGCUUGUUGCAUUAGUCUCUCCAGCGCCCUUGAGGCAGCACAAACUGGGGUAAUGGGCUUUACUGGAGCUCCAUCCAGAUCAUAUCCCAGACUUGCAAGGUACUGUGUCAACAUGCCAGCUCCCUGAGAGCCAUUCUGCUGACUAAGCUAGGACAAGAUCCCCAGCCAGAGUAAAUUAGUCUGUCUCAAGUUAAAGGUACAGAGCUAGGCCAGUUUAUUUAUGCUGAAAAUCUGGCCCAAAAUUACUAAGGAUGGUUACCAAGUUAAUUAAAGAGGAAGGGAAUGGACUACAAAUACCUUCUGCAGAUGGUGAAGAAAUGCCAUCUGUCAUUUUCAUCAGUCCUUCAUGCCAAAUUGAUUAGAAACCUAUGCAAUACCAUGUUAGUGCAUGAAAAGGACAAAGAUACACCAUCAUCGCAUAACCAUGCAGUCUUCUUUCUGUUGUUAGAAAAAAAAGAAAACACACACAAAAAAACAACCAAACAAAAAAACCAACAACAACAAAAAACACACACAGAUCUCCUUUCUGGCCCAGUCUGAAAAGUGGGGAAGAAAAUUCCAUAGAAUCAAAACUUCAAAUCAUGGGAUUAGAGGUGACUUAAGCCCUUGCCCACAAGAACACGUGAUACGUACAGAAAUAUUCAGCACUAGACCACAAGUAAUAGAACUAGAGGAAGGUAAAAUACUUCAGAACUAAAUCAGCUGGUAGCUGAUAAAAAGCAACAACUUUA